UAAUUACUAAAUGUUUUGACAUCAGCCAUCAACGGACGAAAUCAUUCGAAAGAUACAUUACACGAAAAAAGUUCUUUCCUGAUAUGAAAACAAAGUCAAGGAAUCUUUAAAAUAUGUUUAGCAAACCUAGAAACUGCUCCUUCCGUUCUCCCUGUAUGAGCAGUACCAGCCGGGAGGAUAGGACACUGGAUGUGGAGGUGUUCCGUCACAUACAGAACAGGCAGUACGGCGGCAAGCACCUAUAUAUAAACCAGGAGAAGAUGAUGCUGCCUUUUGUCUCUCAGCAUGUACCACCCUUACUAGCAGAAAAGGAAUAUGACAUGGGCGAAAUUAAUAAAAUCUUUGCCUCUCAUUGGCUGGAUGAAAGACAAGUUGCCAUUGGAACCAAGUGCAACAAACUGAUUAUAAUGGACACAAAGACUGGCAAACAGUUUAAUAUUCCAUCAUUAAAAAGCAGUAAAAACAGUAUUCCUGCUGAAUGCCCAUGUGGAAUCCACAGUAUUGCCUUAAAUCCCUCCCAGACCUUGUGUGCCACAGGGGCAGAGAAUACCAAUGACCUUGCUAUAUACCAGCUACCAACCUUUGACCCUGUGAUGGUGGGAGAGAAUGGUCACAGUGACUGGAUAUUUGAUAUCACAUGGAUAGAUGAUGAAUAUUUAGUCACAGGGUCUAGGGAUAGCAAGCUGGCCUUAUGGAGAGUAGAGACGGUGGACUCGGAUUCUGAGGAUAGUGAACCAUUGAUCACUGCUGGCAUACGUAUGCCAGAUUAUGCCAUCACUAAACCAGUGAUAUCAAGGUUGUGUGAAAAGGCUCAGAAAGUCAGAGCCCUAGCCUAUCACGAUGAGAGAAAGGAACUGGCUGUUUUAUCACUCAAUGGCUGCUUUCAUUUGUGGGAUGUGGAAAAUUUUAAUGCUAGGAUUCACAGAUGUCUGAUACACUCGCGUGAGAAUGUGUGCAUGGCGGUAUCUAAGAAAUACUGUAGUUAUGCUGUAGGAUCACAGUCCCAUAUUGACAUACUAGACCCACGAUGUCCCAAUACACAGACAUCAAUCUUGUCCAAGUACCGAGGCAGUGGUGUACGAUCCCUGAGUUUUACUGAUGAUGUCCUGACAAUUGGUACUGGAGUGGGAGUGGUCCUUUUCUUUGACGUCAGGGCAGGGCGCUACCUGGAGAGUGAUUGUGGCCAUUCAUGUUCUCUAAUGGCAGGAAGUGGCUGGCUGCGUCACGAUGAAACAUUCCGGGACUUUUUCUGGGAGGCAGAAUACCCAAGUGCUAUUUAUACGCAUCGUUACAACAGUACUGGGACUCGUUUAUUCACAGCUGGAGGUCCACUCCCAGCUGGUCUGUGGGGAAACUACGCUGGUCUCUGGCAGUAGAAUUACAACAUUAUCUAUCCUUGUUAUUUUAUGAUCUGUUGGGAUUCUUACCUAAUUUUCUCUUUAUUAGAGAUUUUAAGGAAUCCAGAUUAAUUUAAAGUUAAUAGAUAAAAAUUUAAUGUCAUGUGAUGUGAAGGCUUCUGUUGUGUGCUUGAGUGUUGGAUGUAUGCUGCUGUUACAAGAAUGAAAUAACUGUUAACAAUAUAUCCUCAUCUAUUUCUUGUGGAAAUAAUGUACUUUAUGUUUUAUUAUUAUACGUACAAUAAUGUACCAUGUUAUGAAGUUACACAUUAGUAAAACUUAUUCUUAUUUGA